UAAGUCUAAGUCAGUAGGAUACGUGCCCCGCCUUCCUCCAAUCUACGCUGAUGGCGGUUGGUUUAACCGCGGUAGUCUUAGGUGAAUACCGUAGAGUUGUUCAAAAUAACCCAAACUAAUUACGUGCGUUCUACUUCGCCGACACAUAAGGAAUCACCAUUUAGAGAGAUGAGUUGAAGAAAUGGGUGGCUGGACAGGCCGGGUGUCUUCAGCAUCUUGACCUUUAAGCCUAUCUGUCCACAUUUCUCGAUCGCAGUAUCUGGAUGUGAAACAAGACCUGACUGACACGAAGUUGUCCUGUUACUGUGCUUCAUUUGAACUUACUAAUGUUUUGAGCUUACAUUAGCUAAGUUCUAAUUUUUAUUCUGAACUGGAGUUACCGUCUAAAACGAUACGAUCAGUCUUAAUCCGCAGUCGACAGAAGACAUCUUUUUAUUGUGGCGACUUCUUGCACCUGUUCCUCGGUAGCGUCUCAUAGUCAGCGUCAGGCUGGUGUCCAAGAUGGACAGCGCCACCAACGUACACCUCGUGCCAUUCCUGGGGCUUCUAAAUCUGAUCAAGGUGAAGUUUCUGGACACUCCAGAGGUGUUUCACACCUUAAUUACCAUUUUAUGCGACUUCAAUCCGCAACACCCAGAAUGCGUCGCCCGGACCAAGAGGUAUGUGCGGACGCUGCUGCUGCGGGAGCCCGACUUGGCGCAAUGUAUGGUGACGUUCCUGGACGAGCCGCAGCUGGACAUGUCGCUGCCUUCCACAAGACUGGACCUCAGCAGCUCACAAGACACAAUAGACCCACAUUUCGAAGGAAACUUCAACAACAAUGCCAGUUCCUCCACAACCAGACACGGGACAUCACCUGAACCCGACGGUGGUGACACGACCUCCCCCGCAGCAAGUUCCGAAACUGCCGAUCAGUCAUUUACCCUGAGCCAGCUUACCUCCCCUCCGGCGGCGGGAAGUGCCAGGUCCAUGUUCUGCGGGAACGCGAGUUCAGAGGUCAAGGACUGGGGCACCGACGGAGACAUGACCGACCUUGCCCUUCGAAGCUGCUGCACGAAAGUCCAUCUGGCGGGAGAUCAGGAACCAGGCGCUUCUCUGACGUCGUCCUCUACACCUCCAGGACAAUUUGUACAGAACCAUCAGGCGCAGACCAGCGCUGUAGCUUCUCCUCACCUGUUCAACUUGUGCGAUUUGCGCAACGCGGGCCUGCUGCACGCCACCUGGCUGACCUCUGCAAGCGGCUCUCAUUCCUCCUAUGGAAUCAUGCCCAUGACCUUUCCUUGCCUUAUUCCCGCGCCGCUGCUUCCAGGCACGGCUUGCAUCCGCCUGCCACCCUUGGACGAGGGCUCUUUGUCACAAGCAGCGCUCAGCACGCUGGCUACCAAUAGGGCCAAACCGUCCACAGCAGCUUCUGCCCCGGCUAACCUGCUGUUCAUUCCCAGCAUGCAGCAAGCCGAAACGGUCGCUGGAAACGCUGCGGGCAUGGCUAUAAACAAACAUUCUCUUCUACCUGCCAUUACCACAGUCUCAUGUGCGACAACCAACGGGACAUCGCCCAAGUCUGCACAGGCUAAAAUUCAUUCUUCUCAAUUGAUGUGCGAAGACCAGCCAGCAGCAGCACAGUUUUUAUCUUCCCAUGCCAACAUGCCACCCAUUAUCGGAGCAGUUCAGAGUAGCACCAUCCCUCUGGAGUCAGGGCUUGCAACCUCCAGCAUUUCCCAAGCAAGUUCCACAUCCAGCCUGUGUCUCUCUCAGCUGCUUGGUCAGCCUAAUGUGGCCCCCCUAUCUGUGGGCAGCUUCCUGGACAAACGCAAUCACAUUGUGGGUGGUCAAAGUAUAAAGACAUCACCAAGGAAGAGGCCAGAAGGAGAGCUAGCCAAAGAAAAGACAACUUUGUCAGGCAAAGCAAGCAGGCCUUUGCAGCCAUUGUCAGCUCAAGUGGGUUUGAGGGGCAGUUUCAAAUUAUCAUCUACCUCAGCUUUAAUGUCUUCAGGGAUCGAAGCUAUAGGUUCAAGCCGUGUUGCUCCCAUUUUCCAUUCACCCCACCUUCUUAGUCCUGGGGCAACAUCCCCUCGAAACCCUUCUGCUAGUAACCUGAUUUCUAGUAAGUCUCCUUCAGUGCAGACUUCCCUGGGUUCCAACAGCAGUUUGGCAAGCUUUCCUUACAUCCAGCAGAUGGUACUGCCUGAUGGGCAAGUUUCCUGCGUGUCCUUGCAUCACCCCCAGGUCUUCAGCAGCAACCCAAAUGACCCCUCCACUCAGCCUCUAUCAGCCACUCAGAAAUUAAGUGAUGCUCACAUUAGCCUCUCUCUGCACAAAACAGUAAGCGCAGAGCUAAGCAAAUCCCCCAAAUCUUCGGAUUUCAAGAACCAGGAAAGAAAUGAGAUAUCCACAAAGACAAAGAAGUAUUCUAAGAUAAGCAACAAAUUUGCCUACACAUUGCCAGUGGGCAAACAUUCAUCUCCAGAAGGUUCAGUACCCUCUGUGCAUGACAGCAUGGACCUUUCUGGCAACACGCAGGAUGUCAUUAAAUGUUAUUCAUCUAUCUCUCGCAACAGCCUUGGAAAGAUGAAGACAAAGCGGAAAAGGGUAAACAUUGCAGAAAGUCAACUACCACCAAUUUCAAGGUCAUCUACCAAGCUUAAAAAUGUGGAUAAUUUAUGAUGUUCUUUCCAGAUCCUCAGAGGCUGUUAUAAUGAAUAUAUUUUACAUACAGUUUAAGUAGACUGAAUGAUAUUAAUAAUCUCUAUUCAGUGAGAAAUGACAUUUCUCUUUAAUGUUUAUGGAACAGACCCCUGUAACAAAAAGUGCAUAAAAACAUGCAUAAUUGUGAUGACUUCGAAAAAUAAUAUCUGCCUAGUGUUGUCUAUGUCUCAAUGCCAUAGUUUCAACAACUUGUGUAAUCCAGUUUGCAAAGUUAAACCUUUAAGAGACUUCAAACAGAUGU